AUGCCUUCCAAGAAGGAUGGCAUAAAUCAAGAGUAUGAGCAGCAUCCAUUCCUGCUCUCAGUCGACCGCCUCGCCCAGCAGCUCGAUACCAACAUCGACACCGGCCUGAACGAUGCAAAGGUCAGCCAGCUUCAGGAGAAGUAUGGCCCCAAUCGGCUGUCUGGAGAGGGGGGUGUCAAGUGGUACACCCUCCUCGGAAAACAGAUAUCAAAUGCCAUGAUACUAGUCCUAGUGCUAGCAAUGGCCCUCUCAUACGGUGUCUCCGAUUAUAUUGAAGGCGGUGUCAUCACUGCUGUCAUCGUGAUCAACGUCCUUAUCGGAUUCUACCAGGAGUUCAAAGCCGAGAAGAAAAUGGACUCCUUGCGAUCUCUGUCUUCCCCUUCUGCCAACGUCAUUAGAAAUGGCAACUCCAUCACCGUCCCAUCAGGAGAAGUUGUUCCAGGAGACAUUGUCCAGAUCAAGACUGGAGAUACUGUUCCUGCCGACCUGAGGUUAUUUGAAGCCAUGAACCUCGAGUGUGAUGAAAAGAUCUUGACUGGAGAGGCUGCCCCUGUUGCCAAAGAUACCGACUUCGAAACUAGUGGUGACGAAGUGACCGUAGGUGUUGGAGAUCGCCUUAACAUGGCCUACUCAUCCUCCACCGUCACCAAGGGCCGAGGCCGUGGAAUCAUCGUUUUCACCGGAAUGUACACGGAGAUUGUCAAGGGAGGUGCCUUGCGUAUCUGGGAUGCAAUCGGAAAGUUCCUCGGCCUCACCGAGGGGACUCCGCUGCAGAUUAAAUUGAGUAAACUUGCGUAUUCUCUCUUCGGAUGUGCUAUCUUGCUUGCAAUCAUUGUCUUCGGUGUCAACAAGUUUAACGUAACGGACGAAGUCGCCAUCUAUGCAAUUUCAACUGGAACCCUGACUCAGGGGCAAAUGGUAACACGUAAAGCAUGGCUUCCUGGAGUUGGUAUUUAUUCUCUCACCAAGUCCAACGAUGCCACGAACCCAACACGCGGAGUCAUCUCUCUUGGAAAGUCACCAGCAACCAGACAGGAGGCGGAACAGGAGCGUGAACGCAAACGCGCAGAGCAAGAUGCACUUCGAAGUGCCGCUGGCUUGAAAUUUGACGUCCCCGCUGAAAAGGAAGAACGAGACCAACGGCGAAAGGAGGAGAUUCGCAAUGAGAAGCAAGCAGAAGAAGAUGAAGAUGAUGAUGAAGUACCUGAAGGCGCAAGUCUCCCGGAAGUCGUCCCCGAGCUGGCUGCUUUCCUUGAAUCGGCCGCAUUGUGCAAUCUGGCAACUGUCCGUUAUGAUGAGACUGCCGGCUCCUGGCAAACAAUGGGCGACCCAACUGAAGUUGCUCUGCAAGUGUUUGCUCACAGGUUUGGAUUUGGCAAGAAAUCUCUCGAAGCCGAGAAUGGGUGGAAGCCUUUGGCUGAAUACCCCUUCGAUAGCACCGUCAAACGCAUGUCCGUCAUCUACCGACGUGACAAGGAGGCUGGAACUGUGAUUUUCACCAAGGGAGCAGUCGAAAGGAUCUUGGAUCUCUGCACCUCUGUUGGAUUUGGCGAUAAGCGAGAGCCAAUGACCCCUGAAAUAAAGGAACAAGUGCUCGAUCAAAUGGGAUUCCUUGCUGAGCAGGGACUCCGAGUCCUAGCAAUCGCUCAGAAGCCUGGCCCGGACGAUUUCUACAAGAACACUGAAAUACCAAGAGACCAAGUUGAAUCCGACCUGACAUUGUUGGGAUUAGCUGGCUUAUACGACCCUCCAAGACUGGAAACCAAGGACGCAGUAAAAGAAUGUACCAUGGCUGGAAUCCGUGUCCAUAUGUUGACUGGUGACCACCCUUCCACCGCAACCGCCAUAGCAAAGGAAGUAGGAAUCAUUCCUCGCAACACCGGAACCUUAUCUGUAGCAGAAUCGGCAUCUCUUGUCAAAACCGCCGCUGAGUUCGACGCAAUGACUGACCAGGAGAUUGACGCUUUGCCCUCCCUACCACUUGUGAUUGCUCGCUGUGCCCCUGACACAAAGACUCGAAUGAUCGCUGCUCUUCACCGCCGCGGCAGAUAUUGCGCCAUGACGGGAGAUGGAGUUAAUGAUGCACCCUCGCUGCAGGCCGCUGACGUUGGAAUUGCCAUGGGUAUGGGUGGUUCAGAUGUUGCAAAAUCAGCAUCUGACAUCGUGCUCACGGAUGACAACUUUGCCAGUAUUGUCAAUGCCAUCGAGGAAGGACGAAGAAUGUUUGAAAACAUCCAAAAGUUCAUCCUCCAUCUUCUAACCUCAAACAUUGGCGAGGUUGUCCUUCUCAUUAUGGGCCUUGGAUUCAAAGAUCGGAACGGAUUUUCUGUCUUCCCCCUUUCACCACUGCAGAUUCUAUGGAUCAACAUGUUGACCUCCUCGUUCCCUGCCUUUGGUCUAGGCCGUGAAAAGGUUUCCGCUGCAGUGAUGCAUCGUCCUCCACAUGAUACUAAGAAAGGUGUUUUCACCUGGCAGAUCGUGGUUGAUAUGAUGGUCUAUGGUGUCAUAAUGGGAGCCUGUACAUUGCUGACCUUCGUCAUUGUGGUUUACGGCGUUGGAAACGGCAUGGAAGAUCUAGGAAUUGAUUGUAAUCAUCGCGCCAGCGAUAGCUGCAACGUCGUUUUCCGUGCUAGAGCAGUGGUCUUCGCUGAGCUCACCUGGCUCAUCCUCAUCUCAGCAUGGGAAUUCAAGCAUCUUCGUAACAGCAUGUUCAACCUUGAACCAUACCGUGACCACAGCGACGAUACCGUUCCUUUCUUCCCCUUCUUCCACGACAUCUGGGAGAACCAAUUCCUCUUCUGGGCCGUCGUGAUCGGAGCCCUCUCCGUUUUCCCAGCCGUCUACAUUCCCGGCCUGAACACGAAAGUGUUCAAGCACCAGGGUAUCACCUGGGAAUGGGGCCUUGCCUUUGGAUCAGUCAUAAUAUUUGUUCUUGGUAUCGAGGCCUGGAAGUUUGUCAAGCGACGCACCGGUUGGUUCGCAGAGGGCGAAGAUUACGGUGGUGUCGCUGCCACUGGCUUCCGCCGAAGAUGGCCAAGCCACGAACUUGGUCUCCGCCAAGGCUUCUUCACCUUUGCCAAAUCUCUUACCAAGGGCAGCGAAAGGAGUAUUCCCGUGGGCCCAGAGAGCGGCAGGUCGAGUGUUAUGGGCAGAGAGAAUCCUCGUCGUCUUGAUGACGGCGGGAGAGCGAAGGAAACGGUUUGA